CGGGAGUGUUUUUUUUUUUUUAUGUUGCUGAAAAGACUUAGCUGUAUUUUCCUACAUGCAAUGACAUUGUACGAAUAAUUUACGAAUUCUUCACGGGCUAUUUGCGUGUUUUUUUAUUCACAUGCUAUUAAAGACAACUGACUGAAAUUAUUCUACAAUAUGACACCAAUGUCAACGGGAUACCCUGAAGAGCGAAAAGGUGAAGCAAAGACCUAUGUUGGAAUGGACUAUACCGAAGAUGAGAAGAGAGUGUUCAGAGAAUGCGUCCAUGAAAGCUUCUGGUACAGAUCCGUCCCGUUCUCAGUAGCCAGUAUGCUUGUCACUCAAGGUCUCAUCCAUAGAGGCAUUCUGACAUCCUCCUCAAGGUUUGGGUCUCUCCCUAAAGUGGCCUUCGCGGGGCUGUGUGGCUUCCUAGCUGGGAAGAUGGCAUAUGUAAAGCAUUGUCAGGAGAAGUUCAAAAGGCUGGAAAAUUCAACUCUGGGAGAGGCACUGGGACAAAGAACAAGAUCUAUAGCACAGUCAUCUCAGCCCAAGUCAGAGAUGAGUGACCCUGAUCAGAUGACCUUUGAUCCCAUGUUCCAGGUCUCUGACCACCAGAGCCAGUUUCCCCCCCAGGCCAGAGACCACGGGUAUCCUGACGACCCCGCCCAGACGCACAGCCGGCACACCGCUGCAAAAGACAACUUCAGCGUGCCAGACCCGUCGUUCCAUGAUGACGAGGAGCCCAGAAGAAAGCCAGUCAAGUACGAGGACCUUCGGAACAAAAACCGCGAGAACUAUGAGGUCACGCUGACCCAGAGGGCUGAGACGUUACUCAAACCUGAGCCGACCCGACAAGCCAGGACCGCCCCCAGGAAGGAUGCAGAGAAGAAAAACAUCUAUGGAGACAGCUGGGACCAGGAGUGAAGCUCAACUCCCAAGUCACCAACCUCACUAUAAUAUCCACAAAACCCCUGGGUAUUUUGGCUCUGAUUUAGGUUUGCACCAUAGAGCAUGAUAGAGGCUUCUGAUAGGCAUUGACCUUCGAGGGCUUGGAGGAACUUUAUGUCAUUGCGUGCACUUAGACACCGCAAUGGAAAAUACUAAUGGAGGCUUUCUGCAAUCAUCAGUGUGGCUUCAUGGUAUGAAUAAAUGGGGGAAUCGGAGUUGCAAUUGGUUGGUCCCCUCUGACCUUUUCAACCAAUGGAUUUUGAGGAGGCAAGGAAAUAAAAACAGUAUUCUCUGAUUGUG